UGAAGGGCCUCAAAUAAUUAUGUGUGCUUCACUUGAAACUGACACUUGAAAAUUCUAGGAUAUCCUUAACGGUGUCAUUAGUCAUUGAAAUUUGCAUCACAAGAGGGGACCAUGGUAAAGUAGAAAGACAGACAUCAUUGGAUCAAGUCUCGCUCAGUGUCUCUACGUACAAGUUGUGCGAGUCAGCGUCAUCAUCGGUGAUGGGGUGAGGACGUGUGUGUUGCCGUUAUAUAUAGCGCGUUUACACCAUCAACCGCUCAUCCAUUUUGUCCGGUGUGGAACAUACAUAGAACCUGAGUGUGUGAGAGAGAAAAAUGGAGAAAGAAACAGAGAUGAAGCAAUCCAAGUUCAAGAGGAUUUGUGUGUUCUGUGGCAGUAGUCCAGGGAACAAAACUAGCUAUAAGGAUGCUGCUAUUGACCUUGGAAGGGAAUUGGUGUCAAGAAAUAUUGAUCUGGUGUAUGGAGGGGGCAGCAUUGGUUUGAUGGGGUUGAUUUCUCAGGCUGUUUACGAGGGUGGUCGCCAUGUGAUUGGAAUUAUUCCGAAGACACUCAUGCCAAGAGAGCUGACUGGAGAAACAGUGGGGGAAGUGAAGGCAGUAGCAGACAUGCAUCAAAGGAAAGCAGAGAUGGCUAAGCGUUCUGAUGCCUUUAUUGCCUUACCCG